AUGAACGUAUCUGCUGAAGCUUUGGCACUUCCACUAAACCAUCAAGAUCACCAUCGUAUACCGAUCAAUUCUGACUCAUCCAUGUUUAUGAGCGCGUCUCCAGUAGCUGUGAGUAACAAGAUAAAAGCCAUUCAAACACGCCGUCCUCGUGUUACUCUGCCAUCCUACUAUGACUUCACUGAUAUUCGACCAAUACAUAUCGGUAAUACGAAUGGAAUGACGAAUUCUUUAACAACAUUUACAAAUGUUUCGCCAGAUAAACUUCAUGAACAUAGUAAAGACUUACGUCUAGGUCGGAUUUUUUCUCGACGUAAUCAACGUCCAUGUUGUCUGUCGAAUACGCCAGCACCCAACCAACAAUCGCUAAUUUGGUCGACUUACAAUUCUCCAAGUAGUUUUCCUAAACAAUCUCAAACUCAUUCUCCAAGUCCUUUAAACAGAGUCACUAAUAGAUCGACAAUUACUAAUAUCCCGGAUAUUAAUCGACGUUCGAGUCGAGCGCAAACAACUUCUCGUCACCCAUCAGCUGAUCAAGAAAAUUCUGCUAUACCAGUUGAAUCUAGACAUAAAUCGUUGUCGAAAACCAAAUCUGCGACACCUAAAAUAUAUCAGCGUACGACGCCAAAAAGUAAAUCUCCGUUUACAACGUCAAAUACGCAACAAACGCAACGAUUAAAUAGUAAUGGUUCGAAACCGUUGAACAAUGACAAUCUGAAUCAGAAUAACAAUAAUACGAAUAUUAUUCCUCUUUGCGAAAGUGAAGAAGACGAUGAAGAUAUUCCAGAUAUCGACGCAGAAUUCGAAGAAUAUCUUCGCAAAGCUAUCGUUAAAUGCGCCGAUUGGCUAAUGAAAUAUGUCAUUGAUAAAAAGUAUGAUGAAAACGUUGAAUAA